CAUAGGUCGCCAAGGCUGCGCAGGAUCUAGAGACCACUGUGCUACCGGCUACGGGUCGACAUUGCAGUGUAAGGAUUCACGGUGGGAACUACUGCACGUAGUAGCACUCAAAUACAUCACGGCGUCUAGAAAAUAGUCCUAACAGUUGGCCGAUCCAAAUAACCACGCCUUUCCCGGUUGGACGAUCCCCAAGGCGCGGUCUAGGGGCUCGGCGAAUGAGGCCGCCAAGAACGGAGCCGGUAGAGGGUAGACUACCACCUAACGUACUCAGUAGACCACCUUCCAGCAUGCUUCCCUGCCAUUCUCGCUUUUGCCGGCCUAUACGGGAAUGAGGGGCAUGAAGUCAGAGUAGUCGGUGGGACGCAGGCAGACGCCUGAGAUCAUUAAAACGCCACACCCUGCCUCUGCGAAAACCCGGCGAGGAAAGGCUUUGCACGAUAGGUAGGACAAACCACACACGUUCGGGGGGGUGCCAAAGCGACUUGCUCUCUUCACUACCUUUGUCGGGUGCUCGAGGUUAAAUAGCGCUCACGUCUCCCAGCCUUUCGAACCUGUCAGAAACAUCCACUACCCACGAGGCCUGUGCGACAAUGUCAUCGUAUACGAUACCGCUGUUUAUCAACGGCGACGAGAGGCUCGCUAAAGAUGCCUUCGACGUCACAUCGCCCGACACCGGCAAGGUUGUCUGCAGAUGUAGCAUAGCGACAGAGGCGGAUAGCGAGGCAGCCGUCGAGGCAGCCGCAGUCGCCAGUUCCCAGUGGCGCAAUUCGCUUCACGCUAAGCGUCGGGACAUCUUUCUCAAGGCUGCCGAGGUCAUGAGCAGCAGGCGACAGGAGAUGGGUCAGUACCUGGUAGACGAAUUGGGCGCGCAACGUGGCUGGGCCGACUUCAACAUCGACCUCGCCAUCGACAUGUUCAAAGAUGUAGCAGGGAGGGUAGUAACACUGGAUGGUACACUCCCAGUGAGCUCCGACCCAAGCCUCACGGCCAUGGUUGUGAAAGAACCUUAUGGCGUCGUCUUAGCAGUGGCGCCCUGGAACGCGCCGUACAUUUUGGGAACUCGCGCGGUUCUCUUGCCCAUCGCAGCCGGCUGCACGGUCGUGUUUAAGGGCUCUGAGCUGUCUCCUCGAUCCCAUCAAGCGAUCGUGUCUGUGUUAACCGAAGCUGGUCUCCCCAGCGGGGUAUUGAAUUACAUAGUAACUACCCCGGCCAACGCACCUUCGAUGACGGAAUCUCUCAUCGCAAAUCCGAAUGUCAAGAAGAUCAACUUCACCGGGAGCACUGCUGUAGGCAGGAUCAUCGGCAAACUGGCCGGCCAAAACCUGAAGCCCGUCGUGCUGGAGCUCGGUGGCAAAGCGCCGGCUAUCGUAUGGGAGGACGCGAACUUGGAUCUCGCCGCUCAGCAAUGCGUUCUAGGAGCAUUCAUCUUUGGCGGACAGGUCUGUAUGAGCACGGAGAGGAUCGUCGUGCAUAAGAAGGUCAGCGAGGCAUUCCAGAAGAAGCUGGCCGAAGCGGUCGAACAGAUAUUCCCCUCGAAAGGCGACGCGCUCGUUCUCAUCAACGCCCAAAGCGUCGACAAAUCUAAGAGGCUCAUCAAGGACGCGAUUAGCAAAGGCGCAACGUUGCUCAACGGGAACGUGGAUGCCGUAGAGAGCUCGAAGACGAGGAUGCGGCCACUAGUGGUGACCAAGGUAACGCCCGAAAUGGAUCUGUACAAGCAAGAAAGCUUUGGCCCGUCGGUGAGCGUCAUCGAGGUAGAGACGGAAGAAGAGGCGCUGCGAAUAGCCAACGACACCGAAUACGGCCUCAGCUCUGCCGUCUUCACCGAGGAUCUGAGAAUCGGCCUGCGUUUCGCCAGAGCUAUCGAGACCGGCGCGGUACACAUCAACCACAUGACCGUCCACGACGAAAUGACACACCCGCACGGAGGGGCUAAAGCGAGCGGAUAUGGUCGGUUCAAUACUCAGUCCGGGUUGGAGGAAUGGGUCAGGACCAAGAAUAUCACCUGGAAGAGUUGA